UUCCCAGGGAGAACUGUUACGGACUUCAGUGCUGAAGAAGCCACUUAGGUUCUAGAACCGAAAUUAUCCAGUGCAAGCUAACAUUCCAGAACAUGGUGACUCUGACCUCUGACAAAGAAAGGAACAACAGAACUCAUUUCGGCCAAUCAGAAACCAAAGUUUUCAUUUCUAAGUGUUGGCUGAGGAGAGGCCAGCGGAACUGAAACUGAAGUAGUCCGUGCCCUUUGCCUUGGCUUCUGACAGAAAGGCUUUAGAAUCAGAAGGCAGCACCCUUACUGGAAGCAGUGAGGGAGGUCCCCCCAGUCUCCAGCUAGAAGAAUCCAGGACAUCUGAGAGAUGGAGAAAAGAGAACUGAAGGUUUCUGUGCCAAAAUUUGACAAGAUCCCUUGGCUUAGUGAGGCCAGCCGCAGCAACAAGCCACUGGUGCUCAGCCUUCCCAAAAGGUCUCCUCACGCCUCUGCAUUUCUGGUUUCAUCUAAGAAGGAUACGCAUUUGCCUAUUUUGUUUCAAGUUCCAGAUGUCUUAUCUAAGGCCGGGAGGGACAAGAGUAACCCCAUGCUGAUCAGAAGCAAGCAGCUAUGCUCCACAUGUCAAGAAAUAAAAAUGGUACAACCAAGAACUUUGAUAAUCCCUCAUAAUCUGAAGCUAUCCUUUGAGAAUUUAAUGAGUCAUAGAAUGAUGAGUCUUCCUCCACCAAAAGCCAAGACUGAAUCCAAACAUUCCUGUAAUGACAUCUCAACAGAGAGCAUUCACUACAGACUGCCCAUUCUGGGCCCCAGGACAGCUGUCUUCCACGGACUGUUGGCAGAUACCUACAAAUCUCUGCGGGAGACACAGCUCUCUUCCUUGCCUGGAAAGGAGCCGGUAGGCAAGACAAUGAGGCAAUGAGUGGCUGGAGCUCAUCCUCUUCCAGACUCACCAAGAGAAAACAAGUUAACCAAGCCUGUUUCUGACGCUAGCGCAUUCUCAUAAAUACCCACCUGUCGCCAAAAAGGUGACUCACUUUUGCCUUCCUGGGAGUUGCUAGAAUUCUAGCUCUUGACAAUCUUCUUCUCACUUUUCCUAAAGACAAGUGGUCUAAUUUACAAGAUGAUAAAGACUUGCUGAUUCAAGUGGAA